CGCAGCCGCGAAAAGCAGCCCGUGCGCGCCGCACGGCUGCCUGCUACGGACGCACGACGUCGGCAGAGAACCGCCUCGAGUCUGCCGCCGCUCGGUCGCUGCCCGGGAAGCUGCAAGGCAUGGCUCGCCGCGUGAAGACGCCCACCAAGGACAGCAGCCAGCGCCAGCUCUCCCCCCUGAAAGCGGCCCAGGACCACAAAAGCCCGAUCAAGCAACCGCCGCGGCGGCGCCUCGGCGGCGCCGGCUGCUUCCGACGCUGCGCGCCGGCCCACACGGAAGGACUGCACGACGACCUCGACGGCACGCCGCUUCGAGUACCGUCGCCGGCGCCGCCCGAACCGGCCGACCCGCCGCGGCUCAUGGACGCCAUCGCCGCCUACAACAAACUCAUGGACGCCGAGGAGGCAUUGGUCGAGGUCGUCGGAUUGGACGGUUUGCGGCGGCAUCGCCGGCGGCGCGACGUCGUCGACGAGGACCGCGCCUGCGACAGGCCCUGCUGGGGGUUAGAUGAUGACCUCGACGAUUUUCAACCGGCGUGCGCGGAGUGCCCUAUUUCAUAAACAUACAUUCA